GUAGAUUUCACAUGUGAUUAUAAGAUAUAUCAUAACAUGGUAAUUUUGAGCAUUGAAAUGCAACAAUCACCCUUUAUAAUAACCUUUUCAAAAUCUCAAUAAGCUUCUUUUUAUUGAGUUAGGCAUAACAUAACUAUAAUUCAAUAACUAAAUGUAAAAAAGACCAAAGACUCGUGUGUCUUGAAAACUACUAAUAAACAAAACGAAACCAAGUGUAAAGAGAGGAGCAUGCGAGCACGUUCGUUAGUUAGAAAUGAGGAGAGCACAUCAUGUUCCAUAUAUCCCUUAAAGCCACCGUCUUCACUUUUUAUUCACAUUUUACGUUUCCUUAGACGUCCUCUUUUAAAACCAAAACCAAAACCAAAAGAAGACAAGAUCCACCCAUAAACAUGGCCAACUCCAAACGUUUGUUUGGUGUUGUAAGAAGGAAACUUCUCCGACGAUCUCAAAGCAGAAUCACAAUCAUUCGCUCUUCAGCUCCAGAAACAACUCGAGAAGAGAUUGCCGCCGUUAAAAUCCAAGCCUUUUUCAGAGGGCACCUGGCAAGAAGAGCGUUUAAAGCAUUGAAGAGUCUGGUGAAGUUACAGGCGGUGGCUAGAGGAGUGCUUGUGAGGAGACAAGCACGAAUUGCUUUACAUUGUAUGCAUGCUCUUGCUCGCUUGCAGGUUAGGGUUCGUGCUCGUCAGCUUCUCUCUCAUUAA